CGCGUAUAUGGAGUUUCCAAAUGGUCAGAAGCAAGGGCCAUUACCGGCCUGGUGUGGCUUGGGAUUGCAACUCGGAGGGAGCAGGAAUGACAAUCAGCCUCGUUCACUGUUCGCGAUGUUGGCGGUAUCCAUUGCACCGGGAUAGCUGGCUUCCCAGCCAGAUUCCUUGCAUUUUGUGGCUUAUAACACCGGGAGAAAUAGAUGUGAACGACUUCUGUCACAUCCGACGACUCUGCCCCCUGUCCCGCCGCCAACACCGCUCGAAUCAAGAUGGUUGUCCUUUGUCUGCGCCGUGGACUUGCUUUCUUUCUUGCGUUGACCCUAGCGUGCGCUGCGAGGGUCGAUUACACAUCUGACCAAUCCGAUUCAACCUCGUUCUCCACAUCGCCCUCAACGAGUACCUCCUACAGCAUUCGCGCCACCACGAUGUACGUUGUUUCGGAGUCAUACACGUAUGACCCGACGACGUUCAGCACGACGACCAUAUACGAGACUAUCUUUCCCACAACGCGCACAACACAUGCGUUUGAAUCAGAUGGUCCAGACACUACAAGUCCACCAACUGCUUUACCAACUUCGCCGUUCGCCGCCGCGUCUACACCCCAGCAGCAGUCCAGCGCGGAGACCAUCCUGGCGAGAUCAAGCAGCUUCCUCGGUGUUGUUAGUGUACUCUUCAUCAUGUUCUUGUAG